ACCCCGAGGAGGAGCGGAAGCCAGGCGGCUGUGCUGCUUCGGGGAGCGGGCGGCGGCGGCGGUAGCGGCGGCAGCGGCGACGAACGCUGAGGCGGCAGCCGCGGCGGGAACAGGCGCUGCCCUCGGGGAGCAGCAGCGCGGUCGGCGGCCGCUCGCACCGCUGCAGAGGGGCCGGCCGGGCGCGGAGCGGAGCAGCUGCGCUACGGGUGGCAUUGUGUGCCCCGGAGUGCACGAGCGAGUCCCGGGAGAGCGGCGAGGCCGAGCCCAGAGUGCUGGGUGGCUUCGGCAGGGAAGACUCCCUUCCCCCGGCUUCAGGCUGCUGAGCCCUGAGCAGCACUCAGAAUGGAAGCCAUCGCCAAAUAUGACUUCAAAGCUACUGCUGACGACGAGCUGAGCUUCAAAAGGGGGGACAUCCUCAAGGUUUUGAAUGAAGAAUGUGAUCAGAACUGGUACAAGGCAGAACUCAAUGGGAAAGAUGGCUUCAUCCCCAAGAAUUAUAUAGAAAUGAAACCACAUCCGUGGUUUUUUGGCAAAAUCCCCAGAGCCAAGGCAGAAGAAAUGCUUAGCAAACAGCGGCAUGACGGGGCCUUUCUCAUCCGAGAGAGUGAGAGUGCCCCUGGGGACUUCUCCCUCUCUGUCAAGUUUGGAAAUGACGUGCAGCACUUCAAGGUGCUCCGAGAUGGAGCGGGAAAGUAUUUCCUCUGGGUGGUGAAAUUCAAUUCUCUGAACGAGCUGGUAGAUUAUCACAGAUCGACAUCCGUCUCCAGGAACCAGCAGAUAUUCCUCCGGGACAUAGAACAGGUGCCACAGCAACCAACGUACGUCCAGGCCCUCUUUGACUUUGAUCCCCAGGAGGAUGGAGAGCUGGGAUUCCGUCGGGGAGACUUUAUCCACGUCAUGGAUAACUCAGACCCCAACUGGUGGAAAGGGGCCUGCCACGGGCAGACCGGCAUGUUCCCCCGCAAUUACGUCACCCCUGUGAACCGGAACGUCUAAGAAUCAAGAAGAGGUUAUUUAAAGAAAGUGAAAAAUUUAAAACACAAAAGAAUGAAACCCACGAGCUGCCUUAACAGCAGCCUGUGAGGGAGCUCGGAACACCUGUCCGGGUCACCUGGUGACCUCCUCACUUUGGUUGGAACUUUGGGAGGGGUGGGAGGGGGCGUUGGAUAUAAAAAUGCCAAAACUUACCUAUAAAUUAAGAAAAGAGUUUUUAUUACAAAUUUUCACCGCUGCUCCUGUUUCUCCUUUGUUCUCUUUUUCAUCCUUUUCCUCUUCUGUCCAUCAGUGCAUGACGUCUAAUGCCACAUAUAGUCCUAGCUGAUGCCAAUAAUAAAAGAAAAGAAACCAA